AUUUUUUACACCCCAGAGACACCAUGAUUCCUGGUAACCGAAUGCUGAUGGUCAUCCUACUAUGCCAAGUCCUUCUAGGAGGUACUAACCAUGCUAGCCUAAUCCCUGAGACCGGCAGGAAGAAAGUGGCAGAGCUUCAGGGACAAGCCGGAUCCGGACGCCGCUCUGCCCAAAGCCAUGAACUCUUGCGGGGUUUCGAAACAACUCUGCUGCAGAUGUUUGGGCUCCGAAGGCGGCCUCAGCCCAGCAAGUCAGCCGUCAUUCCUAGUUACAUGCUGGAUCUCUAUCGACUCCAGUCCGGAGAAGAGGAGGAAAGCCUCCAGGAAAUUAGCCUGCAGUACCCUGAGCGAUCGACCAGCCGGGCAAACACCGUGAGGAGUUUCCACCAUGAAGAGCACCUGGAGACCGUGCCGGGUCCCAGCGAGGCGCCCCGGAUCCGCUUCGUCUUCAACCUCAGCAGCGUGCCGGAAAACGAGGUGAUCUCCUCGGCGGAGCUGCGGCUGUACCGGGAGCAGGUGGAGGAGCCGAGCGCGGCGUGGGAGAGGGGCUUCCACCGGAUAAACAUUUACGAAGUGAUGAAGCCGCUGUCGGAGCGCGCCCAGGCCAUUACGCGCCUGCUGGACACGCGGCUGGUGCACCACAACGAGACGCGCUGGGAGAGCUUUGAUGUGAGCCCGGCCGUGAUCCGGUGGACCAAGGACAAGCAGCCCAACCACGGGCUGGUGAUCGAGGUCACCCACCUGCACCACGCACAGACUCAUCAGGGCAAACACGUCAGGAUUAGCCGAUCUUUACCUCAAGGGCGCGGGGACUGGGCGCAGCUCAGGCCGCUCCUGGUCACUUUUGGGCACGACGGGCGGGGCCACGCGCUGACCCGCCGAGCCCGCCGCAGCCCCAAGCACCAGCGUUCCCGCAAGAACAAAAAAAACUGCCGCCGCCAUGCCCUCUAUGUGGAUUUCAGCGACGUGGGCUGGAACGACUGGAUCGUGGCUCCCCCGGGCUACCAGGCGUUUUACUGCCACGGGGACUGCCCCUUCCCUCUGGCCGACCACCUCAACUCCACCAACCACGCCAUCGUGCAGACGCUGGUGAACUCCGUGAACUCCAGCAUUCCCAAGGCCUGCUGCGUGCCCACGGAGCUCAGCGCCAUCUCCAUGCUCUACCUGGAUGAGUAUGACAAGGUGGUGCUGAAAAACUACCAGGAGAUGGUGGUGGAGGGGUGCGGGUGCCGCUGACCCCCUUCCCUCUCCUCCCCUUCUCUCUCCCUCCCGUCCCACCCCAGAACUGCUUGCUAUAGCUGGACUCUUCUCUAAACUAAACGUUCACCUUGACCUUAUUUAUGACUUUAUGUGCAAAUGUUUUUUGACAAUAAUGAUCAUAUAUUUUGA